CUGUGGCGUUUUUGCUCGUUGGCCUGUGUAGAUCCGCAGCUGUGCUGCUGCACAAAUUGCCCAACAAAGUAAAACUCAGGCGCUCACACACGGGUGUUGACAGUCUCAUCUCACAGGAUCUCCAUCUCCGGUGUGAAAGUCGUAAGGAUGUAGGUCACUCUGCGUCUUGUUUUGAUAUCUCGUUUCAAGCGAUAACCAUCUUUGAGCUCGCACCAUCAAGCACUGUCGUGUUUUGAUGACGCCAUCACUGGGACUUUCCGGAUACGUCACUAGGGGCUUCCGAGUUAUUUAGCUAGCUCUGCCGCUGUGUUCAUGUCGUUUAGCCGUGUAAACGUCGCUGAGUCGGUCUGGAGUACACAGCAAGAAGAACAUGAACACCCCGAAGGCUCCUAAGAGCCACAAAGGGUGUGACUGUUGAGACGUCGUCGCCAGGAACGACGGUGUGAGAGAGAGGCAGAAUGUCAACAACGCGGCCCCUCCUCGGAAUGAGACGAGUCACCGAGCUAACGUGCCCGGAGCAGCCGGGCAGCAGACUGCCUGCGUCCGCCGGCAGGCAGCAGCAAGAGAGCCCCACAGUGGACGAGUUUACGGUGCUGGAGGAUAAAGAAGAUGAGCUUAAAUGCGCCAAACCGAGGGUGGAGCAGGUUUUUAAAGUAGCGUUCACCAUUAUCGGCUUGCUGGACCACACAGGACAGUCGCACGGCAACAAAACCUUACGGCAGAUAUGGCUGCAGCUCAGAGGCAACAGAGAAGACGUGUCGAAGGCAAAGGAAUAUGUUCGAGGACUGUGCGACCCAGAACUGCAGAAAGAAGAGCGGUACCCGGUGGAUAUGCACUGUAUCUUUGCUGGCGCCAGGGGCCUUUUUUUGGACAGGCUCAUACGGGACACAAGUGCUGAAGUUCUGGUGCAAGAGCCGGGUUGCCUGCGGCUGUUGGGUCGGGCUGAGCCCGUGGUGAUGGCUCAAAGCCGAGUUCAGCAGUUUGUGGCACUGUUCCAAGAGAAGCGAAGUCUACCAAGUGACAGAGAACCAACAGUAAAACGAGCAUUCAAGUCCUUCGUGGAGGAAAGGGAUGACAAGUACACUAUGGAGCUCUUGCUGCUUCCCAGUGCCCUGAAGGAGGAGUUGCUGGGACUUGUUCACACCCCUAUGAACGCAAACACCUCUUCUCUGACUCAGCUCAACCAGAUGCUCCAUCCAAGCAUGUCGGAGGUUGACCAGGACCGCUCACAGAGCAGCACACCUGUGACGGAGCUCUCCAACCGCAUCCUGGACACUAGUUUUGAAGAGCGAGGGACCACGCCAUCAUCUCUUGGCGGAGGCAGUAAAGCAGGAGGUGGAAUCGGUUUAGGUCCCGAGGCAGUCCUGCUUAACAGCAAUCGGCCCACGCACAAGCGGCGCUCAUCAGGCAGCGAGACGCGGGAUACAAAGAGACAGUACUCUCUGGAGCGGAGGGAAGAGUCGCCGGAGAGAGCAAGAGAAAGGGAGCGACAGAGGGACAGAGAGGGCCGGGGGGGCAGCAGCAGCUGUAGAUCCAAAACCCCCUCUGCUUCGUCGUCCCUCUCCUCCUCAGCGAAGGCAAACACCGUAUCUGGGCCCAACAUGCUGGACUCCGCUGAGGGUGUCUCAGAUGAGGGAGAGGCAGUCAGCCCAGAAACCAACCUCCGCUGCUUGGUCAAUUUUUUCAGAACCAUGGGUUACCAGCAGGAAGUGGUGGAACGUGUUGUCAAGGCAACAGGACAGACGGAAGAUACCUUCCUCGUCCUUGAGAAAAUUGUGGAGGAAACUAAGCGUUGUGAAGAGAGCUCGAAAGGAGGGGAAAAAGAAAGAAGACUGAACUCUGUGCGUACCCCAGAUGCUCCCUCUUCAUCGUCAUCCGUCUCUGCAACCUCCCGCUUCAGAGAGGAGCGCGAGCUGAGCAGGCUGUCGGCGGACCCAGGGAGAUCUAAAGAGAACAUGAAGCCCAAACAGUAUGGAAGCAGCAGUAAUGGGCUUGGGCACAGGAGGCAGUGCAGCGGCAGCGAAACAAGCACUCAGCAGGCGAUCACUAUUAAGAGGAGCUUGAGCGCUCAAGGAGGAGCAGGAAACUAUGAGGUUAUCACAAUUGACGACGAUGAAGAUAUCAUCCCCACUGAUACCAAAAUGGCAGACAAAAUGUCUCGGAUGAUCACGGUGGCGCACCUCGACGCACAGUCGGGUUCCAGAACCGACUAUUUGGCACGAGGAGGCGGAGGCAUCUCGCAGAGGGACUACUUGUCCCGAGGUGGGACUCAGACUUUGGGAGGAUCGGUGAAGGUUGAGACCGUAACGGCGCUGCGCAGCACGCCUCAGUGGCUGACUGCCACCACUGCAUCCCUGGCUUCAACCACCAGUUCAGCUCAGCCCAUCGCCCGACCCUCAGCCUCUUCCUAUCAGACAAUCGGCCACACGGGGUUCCACGGGGCAGCAGCACGGACGCCUCCCGCAAAUGACCCACCGGCCCCACCGGUGACGGGCUUGGCUCGUUUCCAUCAGUCGCUGAGGACUCCCUACAAACUGAACCUGCCAAACGAGCCAGGACGCCCAGACCUCAGACACAUCAUCAUAGACGGCAGCAACGUGGCUAUGGCUCAUGGCCUUCAUCGGUUCUUCUCCUGUCGUGGUAUAGCACUAGCAGUGGAGACAUUUUGGAAGAGAGGACACAGGGAAAUCACAGUCUUUGUCCCCCAGUGGCGUCAAAAGAGGGAUCGACUAACAACAGAGCAACAUUUUCUAAACCAGCUAGAAGACCUGAGGCUGCUCUCUUUCACCCCCUCCAGGGAAGUCUGUGGCCAGAGGAUAUCCUCACAUGAUGACAGGUUUAUGCUCCACCUAGCAGAAAAAACAGACGGCAUCAUUGUAACCAAUGACAACCUGAGGGAUUUUGUCGACACCUCGGACACCUGGCGCAGGAUCAUCCAAGAGAGAUUGCUUCAGUUUACUUUUGUGGAGGACCACUUCAUGAUCCCCGAUGACCCUCUGGGAAAGGACGGACCUCACCUUGACAUCUUCCUCCGUAAAGACAGCUGGAGAGCUCCGGGCACGCCUCCGCCUCUCAGACCCCCGGACCUCCGUCCUCCCUCACAGCAGCAGCCAGUUUACGUGCAAGCUGUUCACUCUACCCCGCGGACCCCCACCUCCCUGAUGGCCCACACCACUGCGCACUGGCCCCACUCUGGGCCCCCAGAAUGGCACCCACCUCGCCGUUCUCCCUCACCCUCUCCCUCACCUCCACCCCAGCGGUCGCCGGGGGAGACAUCAGAGCUGAAGAGAAAACUGUACGACAUCUUCCCCGACCAGAAGCAGCGGAUCGACCGCAUCCUCAGCGACAACCCGUACAUGAGAGACCUGAACGCCCUUUCUGGGUUGCUGCUCGGAUAAAGAACUAUCUCAGCUAUGAGGAUCAGCAGAUAUACACGCAGUGCAUAUAUAUAAAAAUAAUUUAUUUUACCAUCUCUUCCAGCUUGGAGGACUUUUUUUUUAAAUUAUUGUUAUUUUUCAUCGAGACUGAUCGUCAAACUGGCUGCUACUAUUGAAACCUAUUGUUUGGGACGAUCUACUUUCUCUCUCCUUCUUCCUUCACUUUCAGGUCGAUUAAGGUCGACAGCACCGGUGUCGGCGCCGCCGAAAUGUUGAGUUGCCACAUUUGUCAAACAAGAAAAGUCUCUAGGUAAUAAAUCAUUUCUUUGUUUCUCGACAACAGUCCAGUUUCCAUGAAUGUGGGACCAGCACUGGGCGCGCUCUUUUUGGACCGUGGCACCAGAUCAGCGCACGACCGUUUCUCUCCUGAACUUUGCUGAUUUCUUAAUACAGACUCUCAGAUUGGUUCUCCAGCUUUAUGUUGAGACACGAGUGACGCUGGCAGGUUUUUGCAUGUUUUGAAACUUUCAGCAAAGCAUUUUUUUUUUUUUUUCCCCACUGUCAAGCAGUACCAGGCUACGAAACCUAACAUCGGUUUGUGCAGUUUGGAGUCGUUCAACAUUAACAUGGGAAAUUUAAAAGAACACUUUGAUUUCGUUUGCAGUGCAUCGAAUUGCGUUUUAAUCGAGACAGCCAGAAUUUCAGGAAGCAUGAUGAGAUCAGUCGGAUUAAAGUGUAAACAGUGACUAGAAAUCCCCAAAAGCAGUAGUUGGUCAAAAGUUGAGCAGGAAAUUACAUUAGAGCUUCUAUUUUAGCAGCUGAGCACGUUAAAGAAACGGCCUUAGGCGUGCUCGUGGCCAACAUUUAGAGGCUGUUGUUCACAAGCCAUUUCUCAGAGUUACGAUACGUGUGCAUAUUCAAACUGAAUUUAAACAACUACCAAAAAACGUUUCUAGUUAAUUAAACUAGCCCCAUCCAACUCUGCCUUCUCAAACCCAGUUUUAGAUGCUUUCCCCCCUUCAAAGGUAGACCAUUAUAAACUGUUUUAUUUAAUCUCAUUGGUGAUUUUUCUUUUUCAUAUGAUAUUUGCAGAAAGUCCCUUCUCUCUCAUAGUUCUGUGUUCUUUCUCAAAGCUGCACUUUAUAAAUGAUCUCUGAAGAAAGCCUGAAUUUGCUGCUCUGAUGAUCUCUUCAAAGUGACGUUUCUUCCCAAACUGACCCGCUCUGGGUUAAAAGUUUCUGUCUGUAGCCGACACGUGUCAGUUGUCUGACCUUGAAUGGAAACAAACACUAAAACAGUUUAGACUUACCCUUUGAAAAUUAAUUUACAUUUAAAAUGACGGAUCACAAGUUUGCUCACAAAAAAAGAUGACAGAGUUUAAAUUACAGAUGUACCGCACUGAAGGCUGCAGCGGUGUAAAACAAGUUUCAGCCUCACACACCCUGAGCUGCAGCUUGCAUAUUUAAUGUGCAUCUGAUUAUGUAACAUACAAACACUUCAUCUUGUGAGAAAAGAAUCUCUGCACAAAAACUUCACAAGGUGUCAAAAAUAACUUUUUUUUUUUUUUUACUUGCUAUGUUGUUAUCGUAACGAUUACUGAAGGAUUUAUUUUCUCUUGUAUUAUAAUUCUUUUGUGUAUAUUGAUUUCGUUUUUGUAAAUAUGCGCAUUUUUGGCUACAGUGCACAUAUGGUUCUAUGUAUGUGGAAAAAGAAUAAAAUGCAGCAUUCUCCAUAAAAAA